ACGUUUCUGCACGUGGUGACUAAUAAAACUGAGUAGAGGGUGUGGUCUAAGUGAUAAUUAAUUGGUUGGAAUGUUAGGUGUGGCUCGUUGAUCGAGUAGUUGUUUAGAAGAGGAGGAUGUCUGGAAAAAGUUUCAAAAUGAGAGCUGCUCACAAAGCUCCUGUAAUAGGGGAGUCCCUCUACCUGUGGGCAGGGAACCAGGUUGACUUACCUAAAGUUCAUGACUCCCUUCAAAAGAAGGAACUGACCUCAAGAGUUGAUGUGUACCAGCUUUCUACUGCUGACUGGUCCUCUCACCUAACAAGAGGUACUCCUCCAUUAGGAGUAAUUGGCUACUCCUGUACCACCUCUCAUUCUAAUAUUUACUAUUUCGGUGGAGAUUGUGGUCAUGAUGACUGUUACCACAAUACGUUGAAUGUACUGAAUACAAUAAAGAUGGAAUGGACUUCAUGCAGUAAUGCUGAACAGUCAUUGAUGAAGAAAGCCUUUACUGGAAUGAUAUCAGUGGAAUUUGAUGGAGCAGAAUACCUUGUCAUAAUAGGAGGGAUUGGUUCUACACCAACUGUUUACCAUCCUCAGUUUCAAUAUGAUCAACUUGAUAAUGGUCGUGUUCGUACUAAUGAACAGUUACUUUAUAAUGUGUCCACUG